AUGGAGAAUAUCAAAGUUCCAUUCAGAGGUAUCAAAAAGGAUAUUCGAGCCAGACUAUCUUGUUAUAAGCAAGAUUGGAAUACUGGAAUUCGUUCAGGAUUCGGAAUACUGGCUCCAACAACAUAUAUCUUUUUUGCCUCAGCUCUUCCUGUGAUUGCAUUUGGAGAGCAAAUAAGUAGAGAAACCGAUGGGAGCCUAAGCACAGUAGAAACUUUGGCAUCAACUGCAAUUUGUGGUACGAUACACUCUAUAUUUGGUGGUCAACCUCUGCUGAUAUUAGGAGUUGCAGAACCAACUAUCAUAAUGUACUCUUAUCUCUACAAAUUUGCCAAAGGAAGGGAAGACUUGGGACAAAAUCUCUAUUUGGCUUGGGCUGGAUGGGUUUGUGUGUGGACAGCUUUGUUCUUGUUUCUUCUUGCAAUAUUCAAUGCUUGUGACAUCAUAAAUAAAUUUACAAGAAUUGCAGGGGAAACUUUUGGCAUGUUGAUUGCUGUUCUUUUCAUUCAGGAGGCAACUAAGGGAAUUGUUAGUGAGUUCAAAAUUCCAAAAUCUGGGGACUCAAAUCAGCCAGGUCAUGGUGUUAUGGCACAGGUUGGCUCAGAGGCUUCAUUGCAUACUAUGGAGUGCCCUUGCUGGUCCUAG